AUGCUAAUAAUUAUCUUCGCCUGACUCUCGCUAUUCCCUACUAUUAUGUUAACCCCCCCUAAACACCUUUGAACGACAACCACCGCCCAAGGGUUCUCCAUUGCAUUUAUGUCCAUAUGUUGGUUUUUUCUCCAAGACUUUAAUUUCUCCGACUCCCUUUUCUUUAUUGAUAAAAUUUCCAGUCCCCUAGCUAUUUUAACCUGCUGACUCUUCCCCCUCACACUUCUGGCUAGCCAAAGCAAGAUUGCCCUAGAACCCUCUAACCGCCAGCGAGCUUAUCUUGCUAACAGCACAUUUCUUCAACUAACCACCCUCAUAGCCUUUACUGCAUCAGACCUAAUAUUAUUCUUUAUCUUUUUUGAAGCCUCUUUAGUACCCACAAUAAUUAUUAUCGCCCGCUGGGGGGCCCAAGAACGCCGCCUGGAGGCCGGUAUAUAUAUUGCUUUCUAUACAAUACUCGGGGCAAUUCCCCUAAUUUUAUGAAUAACAAACAUCUAUUCGACCCACGGCUCCCUUCUUCCCUCCCUCAUGUCUACUUUUUCAAUCACCCAACAGCCGACCAGUUACCCCGGCCCAUUUUGGCUCAUAUAUAAUGUAGCCUUCCUAGUUAAACUACCCCUUUACUGUCUCCACCUAUGACUUCCCAAAGCCCAUGUAGAAGCACCAAUUGCGGGGUCUAUGGUACUGGCAGGCACUUUACUAAAAUUAGGGGGGUACGGAAUCCUCCGCACAUCCGUCUUCUUACAGGAGGGCACCUUAAACAACACGCUAUUAUUUAUGCUAAUCGCAAUCUUAGGGAUUCUCGCCACCGCUCUCUUAUGCCUCCGUCAAACAGAUUUAAAAUCCCUCAUUGCUAUGUCAUCUGUUAGCCACAUAAAUCUAGUGGUUGUUGCCGCCUUAAUUUCCACCCCCUGAAGUUUUUCUGGUGCCAUAGUUAUAAUAAUUGCCCACGGCCUCACAUCCUCAGCACUCUUUUGUCUAGCAAACACGACAUAUGAGCGGACAAACAGCCGAACAAUGAUCCUUCUUCGGGGCUCUAUACUUAAUUCUCCACUAGCUAAUGCCUGCUGACUUGCUAGCAUCCUAUUUGACAUGGCAAUCUGCCCCACACCUAAUACUAUUAGUGAACUCCUAAUUAUAGCCUCCCUCUUUAACUGAUCCCCUGCAGCUUUCCUGAUUGUGGCCCUAAACUUAAUUUUUACUACCGCCUAUACUCUCUACGUCCUUUGAUCCACACAACGUGGGCCCACACCAAAUCACCUAAAAAUUUUAUUCCCCUUUCAUAUCCGAGAGCAUAUUCUACUUUCUCUUCAUGUAGUACCCGGCCUUCUACUUAUUUUUAAACCCGAACUGAUUCUCCUCU